AUGACUGAAGAAGAAAUCGAAACAGAACACUCGCGGAUACCAAAGCCGCCUCCCGAAGGUCAAAUCUUAAAAAGAGACAAACAUCUUCAUGACCAAGAAGAGUCCGAAACUGCUAGAAACACUAGACUCAAUGCGUCUCUUUACCAUACUUCAGAUGAAUCAAUUCAACAAUAUAAACAGUUAAAUGAUUCAACUGAUUUAUUAGGACGACUAUACUACGACGAUUAUGAUUCUAAUAGUAACAUUCUAUCACCAGAACUUUUAUCACCAGCUAGUUCUGUGCCUCAUACUCCUUUGAUUUCACCAAUGUUCACUGUAACAGGUGGUGGUGGUGGAGAAGGAGGAGAUGAUGACGAGUUUAAUUUUGGCACUUCACCAACACCUAAAAGUGCAAUAUUGAAUUCCCACUUGUCUUCUUCAUCUACUUCGCUUUCAUCGUUACCUAAAUCUGCAAUGAGCAAAACUAGUCGACCAAAUUUAUCAAGAGGUGUAUCGUUUGAUACUGGCGAAGAAGGUCCCAAAAAAUCAUUCACUUUGAAGAUCAAACACCCCGAAUACAAGUUUAGAAGAAAUAACAAGACAUGGCUAGUGGGGUUCAACAAUGAUGCUGAAUCUACCAAGGCCAUUGAAUGGUUAUUUGAUGAAAUGGUGAUACAUGGGGAUACAAUUGUUAUCUUACAAGUCCUAGAUGAAAAGAAAUAUGCCUCCAUUGAUAAACUUAAGGCUAACGUCAAUUUAUCUACAUUUGCCAACUUAAAUGUUCAUUUUAAAAAGGUAUCAAUGUUAUUUGAAGUUGUUAUUGGUAAACCUGAAAAAUCAUUGAAAAUGGCCAUUGCUGAAUAUGCACCAUCAAUGAUGGUUAUUGGGACACACCAUUAUACUGAACGAGACAAACAUAGCCAUCAUCAUCGAGGGUUUUUGAGUAAAUCAUCGUUAUCAAAACAUUUCCUAGAAUGUGCAUUAGUACCAGUGAUUAUUGUUAAACCAACAUACAAUUACAUUGAGAACCUAUCAAACCCAAUAGAUUCAGAAAGUUAUUUUGUCAAUUGGAUCAAACGUGUUCCAACUGGACCUGAAUCAAAUGAGGAUCAAAUGAGACAGAAUCAACAACAAGGAGGUUCGCUGCUGUUGCAUCGAAAAGUGAAUUCAUUCCUAAGUCCGACAAGUUCAAGAAACUCUUCCUAUACUAAUUUGGUUGCUGAAGAAAGAGGAAGAAGUAGUAAUCAAUUGAAUCCAGUCCUGAGAUUGACGAAUGAGAGUAGAUCUAGGUCUACCUCACGUACUCGAUCAGCAUUUUCAAAGUUUUUUCGCAAACAUGAUGACUGA